AUGGCCUCAUUUCUGAAAAAGAUCGCUGGUGGAGGAUCUGCUCAGCCGGAGCAGCACUCAGAUCAAGGACAGUCUCUGACAACCAUCUUAUCCACACAUGAGGAUAAAUCAGAAUUACUAUUGCUUAUUGCCAAUUGCAUGGGUCUGAUGCGAAGACAGGUAGCCGACAUCUUUGAUCCGGAUAAAGGACAUGAAAAUUGGAACCGUGUUCUGGCGCCUGGGGCAGGUGACAAGAAAGUUAUCAAGUCCAGCGACCAUACACCAAACACCGAGGCUACAGAGCGGGCAUCGGAGCCUAGUGCUGAGCAGUUAGAAGCUAAGAAACAGAAAGGCUACGAAAGAAGGGCGGCAGAAUUGUCUAGCGCGAAGAUGACAGAAUUGAAGGAGGCAACGUUAAAUCAUUUCGACACCUGGCGAGAUAAGGUCAUCCAGCGUUUGGGAGAGGCCAUCAACCAGCAUCAGGAAGGUGAUUCUGGUCCUUUAGAGAGCAAACCUCAAGCUCCCGGAAAUCAGCAGAAUCGCAAUGACCAGCUUAGCCAGAAGCUCGAAGAUACUGAAUCGGAUAAUGCGUUGCAGCAGCUCUAUCCGCCUCAGGAAACACUGCUGAGAAAGUUACCUCAGGCUCAACGCGUACUUAUCUUGCACUCCUUAUUGCUGCUACUUCUUAGUCUAGAGACGUAUACAGCAGAGUCUCGGGUCCUCCUCCUUCGAAUUACCAGUUCCUUGGGCCUUCCUAUGAAAUUAUUGGCUGAGGAUGAAACUCAGGUGGCGAAGGGCCUUUUGGAGUCGGCGAAACAGCAUAUGAACGCUGAUGCCGAUACAAAGAAAAAGGCAGAGGAGAAUGCCUCUUCUCGAAAGUGGAAGGUCGGACUUGGUGCUGCAGCUGGUGCUGUGCUUAUUGGUGUUACCGGAGGUCUGGCUGCUCCUCUUCUGGCUGCUGGGGUUGGAUCUUUGAUGGGAGGAAUUGGUCUUGGUGCGACGGCUACAGCAGGGUACCUUGGUGCUCUUGCAGGAAGUGCCCCUCUAGUGGGAGCAUUGUUUGGCGCAUAUGGUGGACGAAUGACUGGGCGAGUCAUCGAUGAGUAUGCAAGAGAGGUUGACGACUUUGCGUUCAUUCCGCUCCACAAACCCCAUCGAUUUCCUGGAAAGAACAGCGAAGGUGAUUCAAGACAUCUUCGUGUGGCCAUCGGCAUAUCCGGGUACUUGAAUGAUGACUCCGAGGUUGUCAAACCCUGGAAGGUAAUUGGCAAUAGUGUGGAAGGAUUUGCACUUCGAUGGGAAGUAAAGUCCUUACUGAAGCUUGGGAAUGCAUUGACAGCAUACGUGCGAAGUUAUGCCUGGGGAUGGGCAAAGAAAGAAAUCAUCAGUCGAACAGUUUUUGCUGCACUUGCAUCGGCAUUGACAUUACCUUAUGGACUAGCCAAAGCCACAAAGUUGGUGGAUAACCCAUGGAGUGUUGCGGCAGCACGGAGUGACAAAGCAGGAAAAGUACUCGCACAGGCUCUCAUCUCAAAAGUCCAAGGAGAAAGACCGGUGACUUUGCUUGGGUACUCACUUGGAGCACGGCUCAUCUACUCUUGUCUGGAUGAACUUGCAAAUCGUCGAGUUUUUGGUUUAGUCGAGUCAGUCGUAUUAGUAGGAGCGGCUGCUCCAUCAGAUUCGGUGGCAUGGCGCAAGUUGCGAGCGGUGGUGAGUGGUCGGCUCAUCAAUGUCUACUCGACCAAUGAUUACCUUCUUGGAAUCUUGUAUCGAACAAGCAGUCUACAAUACGGCAUCGCCGGUCUGCAAGCCAUUGAGGACGUCCCUGGAAUUGAGAAUGUGGAUGCUUCUGAAUUUGUUGAUGGACACACCCAGUAUCGAUUCCUGAUCGGACGCAUUUUGGGUCAGGUUGGGCUGGAAGACAUUGAUGCCAGUGAAGAAGAGCAGCAAAUGAUUGCGUUGCAGCACAACCAGAAGAAAGAUGAGGAGGAGAGGGUGAAGAGUGAGCAGGAAGAGAAGACAACUGAGAACAUUCCAAGUGACAAAUAG